AUGGCCUCUCACAAGCGCGCCGGAAGAAAGUUCCUAGCGAUUUGCAUAGCACGCGGCGAGUGCGCGGUGAGUGCGCGGCGAGCGACAAGCGAAGGCGAUCCCGCUCUCACAAGGCUCGCGAUGGCCCACAUAGACAUGUCUUAUAGUUUAUUGUCGCGGACCCAUUUCCGUGGGUGCACGACCACGACCACCGCCUGGCUCGCGGAUCGACACACUUCGCUCACUCCGAAAGUUUCUCCGAUAGAGAAACUCACAAUAUCUAAUAGCACCGACAUCCGUCUAUGCAGAUUUCCAGAGCAAGCCUUCAUAGAGACUGUGACCUAA